UCGCCAAAGCGCGUCGCUGUCCGACUGGGCAAAGAGGCCGCUCGCCCCGGGUGUCCGAAGCUUUCAGGCGGGAAAGGUGUGGACAGGGAUUGUGCUCGCCCAAGACCCUGCCGGCUUUAUCACAGUUUGGGAAUCUGAGAAGUCUCCUAAGACUUUUUCUCCGCCAGACGCUCCCGGCUUGAGCGUCGCAUAGAUAUUUGGGAUAUGGUUUUAUUAUAACAGUGAGCCUGGUAUAAAUAAAUGGAAGGUGGCAACCUGUUGACAGCGAUUCCUGUCAAGUAUCAUCAGAUGGACUUGGGUUGCUCCUGGUGGAAGAAGAAAGGUGCCACUGUGGCAUGAAGACAGACUCGUUUAGUCGCCAGUCACUUAAGCUGAGUGCAUUGUGAUUUCCAAUAAUUGAGGCAGUGGUUCUAAAAGCUGUCUACAUUAAUGAAAAGAGCAAUGUGGCCAGCUUGACUAAGCCGCCAGCGUGCAGCGCGGCAGGACGCGCCCGGGUCUCGGCGGACUUGUGCAUGUUAGCUGUGUAGAUUUAUGUGAGGGCUUGUAAAACUCUGGUCUUUAAAGUAGUCUUAAGCGCUUUUAAUAUGGAGACAGAUGAGAGCCCCUCUCUGCUCCUGCAUGGGCCCACAGGAGAAGCGGUGAUGGAGAGCCGAGCUCGCCCCUUCCAAGCGCUGCCCCGUGAGCAGUCUCCACCACCUCCCCUGCAAACGUCCAGUGGUGCAGAGGUAAUGGACGUUGGCUCUGGUGGUGAUGGACAGUCCGAACCCCCUGCCGAGGACCCCUUCAACUUCUACGGAGCUUCUCUUCUCUCCAAAGGAUCCUUCUCUAAGGGCCGCCUCCUCAUAGACCCGAACUGUAGUGGCCACAGCCCGCGCACCGCCCGGCACGCACCUGCGGUCCGGAAGUUCUCCCCUGAUCUUAAGUUGCUUAAGGAUGUAAAGAUUAGUGUGAGCUUUACUGAGAGCUGCAGGAGUAAGGACAGGAAGGUGCUGUACACAGGAGUGGAGCGUGACAUGCGGGCAGAAUGUAGUCUGCUCCUUAGUCCUGUCAGUGGGGACGUGCAUGCUUGUCCCUUUGGCGGGAGUGUUGGUAAUGGGGUAGCCAUAGGGGGUGAGAGUGCUGAUAAGAAGGAUGAGGAGAAUGAGCUGGAUCAGGAAAAGAGAGUGGAGUAUGCAGUGCUCGAUGAGUUAGAAGAUUUUACUGACAAUUUGGAGCUAGAUGAAGAAGGAGCAGGCGGGUUCACGGCUAAAGCAAUCGUUCAAAGAGACAGAGUGGACGAAGAGGCCUUGAAUUUCUCCUAUGAGGAUGACUUUGACAAUGACGUGGAUGCUCUGCUGGAAGAAGGUCUCUGUGCUCCCAAAAAGAGGCGAACAGAGGAAAAAUAUGGAGGAGAUAGUGACCAUCCCUCUGAUGGAGAAACGAGCGUGCAGCCGAUGAUGACCAAGAUUAAAACUGUGCUCAAAAGUCGUGGCCGCCCCCCGACGGAGCCGCUGCCUGAUGGGUGGAUCAUGACAUUCCAUAACUCCGGAGUCCCCGUGUACCUACACAGAGAGUCUCGGGUGGUCACCUGGUCCAGGCCAUACUUCUUGGGAACGGGAAGCAUACGGAAGCACGACCCUCCUCUGAGUAGUAUCCCCUGUCUGCAUUAUAAGAAAAUGAAGGACAAUGAGGAGCGGGAGCAGAGCAGUGAGGUCACCCCCAGCGGGGAGGUGUCCCCUGCCAAGCCCUUGAGCCAAUCUGCAGAGCUGGAGUUUCCCCUAGACGAUCCUGACUCCAUGGGCGCUGACUCGGGGCCCCCAGAUGAGAAGGACCCAUUAGGGACCGAGGCGGCCCCCGGGGCCUUGGGGCAGGUGAAGGCCAAAGUCGAGGUGUGCAAAGAUGAAUCGGUUGAUCUUGAGGAGUUUCGGAACUACCUGGAGAAGCGUUUUGACUUUGAGCAAGUUACUGUGAAAAAAUUCAGGACUUGGGCUGAACGGCGUCAGUUCAACAGAGAAAUGAAGCGGAAACAGGCCGAGUCCGAGAGGCCCAUCCUGCCAGCCAAUCAGAAGCUCAUCACUUUAUCAGUGCAGGAUGCACCCACAAAGAAAGAAUUUGUCAUCAACCCCAAUGGGAAGUCCGAGGUCUGCAUCCUGCAUGAGUACAUGCAGCGUGUCCUCAAGGUCCGCCCUGUGUAUAAUUUCUUUGAAUGCGAGAACCCAAGCGAGCCUUUUGGUGCCUCAGUGACCAUUGAUGGUGUGACUUAUGGAUCUGGAACUGCAAGCAGCAAAAAACUUGCGAAGAAUAAAGCUGCCCGAGCUACCCUGGAAAUCCUCAUCCCCGACUUUGUUAAACAGACCUCUGAGGAGAAGCCCAAAGACAGUGAAGAGCUCGAGUACUUCAACCACAUCAGCAUUGAGGACUCGCGGGUCUAUGAGCUAACCAGCAAGGCCGGGCUGCUGUCCCCAUAUCAGAUCCUCCACGAGUGCCUUAAAAGAAACCAUGGAAUGGGUGACACAUCCAUCAAGUUUGAAGUGGUUCCUGGUAAAAACCAGAAGAGUGAAUAUGUCAUGGCGUGUGGCAAGCACACAGUGCGCGGGUGGUGUAAGGACCCUCCUCUACUGCUUCCCAGCCUCCGGGGGGUGGCACUGGGUAAGAAUAAGAGAGUUGGAAAACAGUUAGCUUCUCAGAAAAUCCUUCAACUGUUGCAUCCACACGUCAAGAACUGGGGCUCUCUACUGCGCAUGUAUGGCCGUGAGAGCAGCAAGAUGGUCAAGCAGGAGACCUCAGACAAAAGCGUUAUCGAGUUGCAGCAGUAUGCGAAGAAGAACAAGCCCAACCUGCACAUCCUGAGCAAGCUCCAGGAGGAGAUGAAGAGGCUGGCCGAGGAGAGGGAGGAGACACGGAAGAAGCCCAAGAUGUCGAUUGUGGCGUCUGCACAGCCUGGCGGCGAGCCCCUGUGCACUGUGGAUGUGUGAGGCCACAGCACGGCCGGGGUGUGGGGGCCGCCCACGGCACUGCCCAGGAGACCAGCAAUCACCCAUCAGUUAUGGGAGUCAGGCCUCCAACUUGAGUUCCUCCCUUGUGGCCAGAGGGUCUGAGGGCAUAGGCCAGAGGUUGAGGCUCUGGUGCAGGGGACAGUCACAGCCACAUAGCAUACGUGAGGCAGUGGUUCUCCCUUGGAAGCUGUUCUCGGGCCUGGACUCUGAGUGCCUGCACAGGAGGGAGCUGUAGUUCCUAGGCAGCUGCAGACCCCUGUGCACCUGAUGCAGGCUGCUUUCAAGAAGGCUCUCACAGGUUCUGGUGUGUGACCUACACUGACAGCAAGUUGAGAAAGGACGCCGAAUGCUGUGACUGUGGCUGGCCCGUGGUGCCUAGUGGCCCCUGUGCCCAGGGCUCCUGCAGAGCCAAUUGCAGGGUCCUGGCCAGCAGGUGCACCAGCACCCAUCUCCCACCUGCUUUUCCGUGUUUUCCCUUUUUCUCUGAAGAAGUUACAACAGAGGAGUAUUUCAGACCUUUUUGGUUUAAAAUAAACAGAAUUUUAGCAUCAGCACUGCUUUUCAAGAUGGCAGGGAAACUAUCAAGGUUGUUCUCCAGCCUGGAUGCAAUGCCAGCGAGGACAUCCCGUAGCCUCCCUGGCAUGCUGGCCUCCUGCUGAGCGUGGUCCACUUUUGUGAUCAAGUCUUAAUACCCUGAAAGUGCACCUCCCUGGACACUGAGGCCCUACCUUUGCUGGCCUCUGGUAACAGUUUUUUAUGAAGAUUUUUGCACAGUCAAGUCCAUUUGUCCACUCAUUGAUUUUUAAAGCUUUUAUGGUAUUUUAGCAUUUGGAAAAGAAACUUUUACAGUGAGGGUAGAAGAUAGAAUUGGAGUCAUGCAUUUUACCAAGUGGACUUGUUUAAAUAGGAAGCAAGGCCUUCAGUGCAGUCUACUUGAUACGGAGCUGGCUGAGUGCACAGUGGGCAGCUGCCUCCUAGUGACAGGGGCUUCCCUGGAUCUCAGGGGAGGCUGCCCUUACUCCUCAACCAGCAGUGACGCUCGCUGGGCCCCUGUGGAUGGGUGUGGGGUGUAUGUUCCAGGGCACAAGUGUGUACUUGGGGCCCUGGUGGUGUGGCCAUCAGCUGUUGCUGGC